AUGCCUUCCAUGCAGGGCAAGGAAACUCAAGGCAAGUUCUUUGGACCUACCUUCCGUAAUGAAAACUUGUCGGCAGAAAAAAAGGUGACUGCUCGUCGGAGCCGUAUGCUACCUGCAGAAAAUCAUCUAGCCACUCUGGAGCUGAGCUGGGAUACGCGAGCACGAUACGCAUUCUUCUCGACGUACAUCCAAGGCUUUACUCGGAGCAUGGGUGAGAUAGCUUACCAUUACCGGAACGCACAAACACUAGAUCAUCUUUCAGCGGGCGUCGAAGCAGCCAGUCUGGCUUUUUUGGCUGUUGAGCUCGACAGCCCAAAUCUUCUUCUCCUGGCCAACUCAAGUUACGUCACGGCCAUCCGGCGACUUAAUCACACUCUCAGCUCACUCGAUCCUGACGAAGCGGAAAGAGCUCUUCAAACCAUCCUACUGCUAGAUAUGUACGAAAAGCUUGUCCACCGGGAUUCGGGAAAGUCUCAGGCAUGGCUGAGUCACGCACAAGGUGGCUUGUCACUACUCGGCGCCCGUGAGACGAGUAUUAUGUCUACCCCAACAGGCUGUCAAGUUGCAGCUCGACUUGUGACGGCAGUGACGGUGAGCUGUGCCACAGUUGGAGAUAGAAUACCUCCAGAGCUUACGAAGGCCCGUCGAAAUAUUGGCUAUCGUGUCAAGAGCGUGAAAUGGACAUUUCUAGGUGUCCUCGCGCAGAUUGUCAACCUUAAGUCCGAUAUCGUUCACGGGAGAAUCUCAACAUUGGACCUUCUUGUCAAGGCAAAAUAUGAGCGAGUCCUGGGAUUAUUUUAUGACAUCUACCCGGACCACUACAUCACUCAAGUCUCCAAUGCAAUCUGCACCAUCCGCCUCAUUCUUUAUCACCUUCUCAAGACUUACGUCCCUGAGGAGAGUCGCCCGAAAGAGGACACCUUUCAUGGAACGAAUCGCGACUCGGUCAAUCAAAUCUUCACUGCAGCACUUUCCUGGCGCCCCUUUAUCUAA